UCGAUCAUUCUCUUCGCGUGCUCUCUCUCUCUCUCUCAAACACACACACACAGCUGAAUUAUUGUUGAAAUUCAUGGACAUAUGCUUCAAUGGCGGUGAUGAACUGGCAUAAUAUCGAAUCUGUUCCGUUGAGUUCGUAACGCCUCGGAUUGGAAGCCUAAACGUAAACUUUCGUCGAUUAUAGUUUGACAGGGCGCUGCGUUUCUAUACGAGCGAGUCGCGAUUGAAAUAUAACAAGAUGAUGGCGGAGGAUUUAGGGGUGGAGGCGAAGGAGGCGUCGGUGAGGGAGGUGGCGAAGCUUCUGCCGCUGCCGGAGCUCUUGCAGUCCAUUGCUUCGAUUAAAGCUGAUUACAUUGCCCGUCAACAGGCAAACGAUGCACAACUCAGUACAAUGGUUGCUGAACAGGUUGAGCAGGCACAGUCGGGUCUAAAAUCACUGAACUGGUCCCAAACGACGAUAAAUCAGCUCAGAGAAAAUUUCUCUAAUAUUGAAAAGCUAUGUCAACAAUGUCAAACAUUGAUAGAAAAUCAUGACCAAAUAAAGAUCCUUAGUAAUGUGAGGAACAACCUAAACACAACAUUGAAGGAUGUGCAAGGCAUGAUGUCCAUCUCUACUGAGGCUGCUGCUGCACGCAGUUCUUUGAAUGAUGACAAUGAACUUAUCAACACCUAUGAGAGAUUAACUAAACUGGAUGGGAAACGAAGGUUUGCAUUGGCAGCUGUAUCAUCAAAUGAAGAAGAGGUUGGCCGGCUGAGUGAAUACUUUGAAGAUAUUGAUCGCACAUGGGAGACAUUCGAGAAGACAUUAUGGGGUCAUGUUUCGAACUUCAUUAAUCUUUCCAAAGAAAGCCCUAAAACACUAGUUCGGGCAUUGAGGAUUGUCGAAAUGCAAGAAAUCUUGGAUCUAGAAAUAGCUACUGAAGCAGCAGAGGCUGAAGGAGAUGGUGGAAUGCAGUCUCAAAGAAAUACCGAGAACACUAAAGGUAAAGGCUACAAAGAUAAAUGCUAUGAGGAAGUAAGGACAUCUAUUGAGUCACGUUUCGAGCGAUUGCUCUCUGAGCUUUUAUUUGAGGAUGUGAAGGGAGCUAUAGAGGAGGCUAAAACGAUUGGCGAUGAACUUGGAGACAUAUAUGACCAUGCCACCCCUUGCUUUCCUCCCAGAUUUGAAAUCUUCCAGCUCGCUGUAAAUCUUUAUACUGAGAGGUUUGUCCAGUGGCUGAGGUUACUCAGUGACAGGGCCAAUGAUCUGACAAAUAUAGAAAUAUUAAAGGUAACUGGCUGGAUACUUCGUUACCAAAAUAAUCUAGUUGAACUUGGUGUUGAUGAGACUUUUGCCCAAGUUUGUUCUGAGAGUGGUGCAAUGGACCCACUUAUGAAUGCUUAUGUAGAACGAAUGCAAGCCACAACACAGAAAUGGUAUAUGAACAUAUUAGAGGCGGACAAAGUACAGGCACCAAAGAAAACAGAGAGUGGAAAGUUGUACACCCCAGCUGCAGUGGAUUUGUUUCGUAUCCUUGGAGAACAAGUACAGAUAGUACGAGAAAAUAGCACUACCCUCAUGCUAUACAGAAUUGCUCUAUCCAUCAUCCAGGUAAUGAUUGAUUUUCAAGCAGCUGAAAUGAAGAGCUUAGAACAACCUCCUUCUGAAGUUGGUCUAGAAGUUUUGUGUGCCAUGAUAAAUAACAAUCUCCGCUGCUAUGAUCUUGCCUCGGAGCUAAGUACUACCACACUUGAGGCUCUGCCAGAGAAUUAUGCCGAGCAGAUAAGUUUUGAUGAAUCUAGCAAAGGCUUCCUCUUGGUUGCAAAGGAAGCUGUACGCCAAACGGUUACUGUCAUUUUUGAAGAUCCGGGAGUUCAGGAGCUACUUGUAAAGUUGUAUCAGAAAGAUUGGAUGGAGGGACAGGUAACCGAAUACCUAAUUGCUACAUUUCGUGAUUACUUCUCCGAUGUCAAGACGUAUAUUGAAGAAAGAUCAUUUAGGCGAUUUCUUGAGGCCUGCCUUGAAGAGACUGUCAUCGUCUAUGCUGACCGUCUGCUCAUACAGAAAAACUAUAUCAAAGAAGAUACAGUUGAACGGAUGAAGCUCGAUGAAGAUGUCAUCAUGGAAUUCUUCUUGGAGUAUAUGACCAACACUAAAGUUGAAACCAGGGUGAAGGUACUUGCUGAAUUAAGAGAACUUGCUUCAGCAGAAAGCCCAGAUACCUUCACACUUGUAUACACAAAUAUUCUCGACCACCAACCAGACUGCCCUCCGGAAGUUGUCGAAAAAUUGGUGAGCUUAAGAGAAGGCAUACCUCGAAAGGAUGCUAAAGAGGUGAUUCAGGAAUGCAAAGAGAUAUACGAACAUUCUCUCGUUGACGGAGUUCCUCCAAAACGAGGCUUCGUUUUCUCUAAAGUGAAGUGUCUGCAAGCUUCCUCCAAAGGAGGCAUAUGGCGAAAACUCACUUAGUCCCAAAAUAGUUACUCUACUUACUCUUUUUUUCACUUUUUUGUCAUGAUCUUUGUAAAAUGAUUUCAAUUAAUCUCGUCAUAUUACAAAUUUACAAUGUAA